UCUUCCCGUCGGACGCCGCGCCACCUCCUCGCGCUGCUUUACGAACCUAGAGCAGCGCCGCCCCGCCUCCUGUGUCCCUCCUCGCCUCCCCGCCCCCUCCUAGUUUUGCGUCUCCUAGCCCGACGCGCUCGCUAUAAUCACGUGACUGCCUCAUCCGGGUCUUUUGCGUUCUCUUUCCCUCUCCCAACAUGGCGGCCUCAGCAAAAAAGAAGAAUAAGAAGGGGAAGACCAUCUCCCUAACAGACUUCCUGGCUGAGGAUGGAGGGACUGGUGGAGGAAGCACCUAUGUCCCCAAACCAGUCAGCUGGGCUGAUGAAACAGAUGACCUAGAAGGAGAUGUUUCAACCACUUGGCAUAGUAAUGAUGAUGAUGUGUAUAGGGCACCUCCAAUUGACCGUUCCAUCCUGCCCACUGCUCCACGGGCUGCUCGGGAACCCAAUAUUGACCGGAGCCGUCUUCCCAAAUCACCACCCUACACUGCUUUUCUAGGGAACCUGCCCUAUGAUGUGACAGAAGACUCCAUUAAGGAAUUCUUUAGAGGAUUAAAUAUCAGUGCAGUGCGUUUACCACGUGAACCCAGCAAUCCUGAGAGGUUGAAAGGUUUUGGUUAUGCUGAGUUUGAGGACCUGGAUUCCUUGUUCACUGCCCUGAGCCUCAAUGAAGAGUCUCUAGGUAACAGGAGAAUUCGAGUGGACGUUGCUGAUCAAGCACAGGAUAAAGACAGGGAUGAUCGUUCUUUUGGCCGAGAUAGAAAUCGGGAUUCUGACAAAACAGAUACAGACUGGAGGGCCCGUCCUGCUACAGACAGCUUUGAUGACUACCCACCUAGAAGAGGUGAUGAUAGCUUUGGAGACAAGUUUCGAGAUCGUUACGAUUCAGACCGAUAUCGUGAUGGGUAUCGGGACAGUUACCGUGAUGGCCCACGCCGGGACAUGGAUCGAUACGGGGGCCGAGAUCGCUAUGAUGACCGAGGCAGCAGAGACUAUGAUAGAGGCUACGAUUCCAGGAUAGGCAGUGGCAGAAGAGCAUUUGGUAGUGGGUACCGUAGGGAUGACGACUACAGAGGAGGUGGGGACCGCUAUGAAGACAGAUAUGAGAGACGAGAUGACCGGUCAUGGAGCUCCAGAGACGAUUACUCUCGGGAUGAUUAUAGGCGUGAUGAUAGAGGUCCCCCCCAAAGACCCAAACUGAACCUAAAGCCUCGGAGUACUCCUAAGGAAGAUGAUUCCUCUGCUAGCACAUCCCAGUCCAGUCGAGCAGCCUCUAUCUUUGGAGGGGCCAAGCCUGUUGACACAGCUGCUAGAGAACGAGAAGUAGAAGAGCGGCUACAGAAGGAACAGGAGAAACUGCAGCGUCAGUUGGAUGAGCCAAAACUAGAACGACGGCCUCGGGAGAGACACCCAAGCUGGCGAAGUGAAGAAACUCAGGAACGGGAACGAUCGAGGACAGGAAGUGAGUCAUCACAAUCGGGGACCUCAGCCACAUCUGGCAGAAGUAAGUCAGACCAGGAUUCACGAAGGAGAGAGAGUGAGAAGUCUCUAGAAAAUGAAACACCCAAUAAAGAGGAAGACUGUCAGUCUCCAACUUCUAAGCCUCCCAAACCUGAACAGCCUCUAAAGGUAAUGCCAGCCCCUCCACCAAAGGAGAAUGCUUGGGUGAAGCGAAGUUCUAACCCUCCUGCUCGAUCUCAGAGCUCAGACACAGAGCAGCAGUCCCCUACAAGUGGUGGAGGGAAAGUAGUUCCAGCUCAACCAUCUGAGGAAGGACCAGUAAGGAAAGAUGAAAAUAAAGUAGAUGGGGUGAGUGCCCCAAAAGGCCAAAGUGGAAAUUCCAGCCGUGGUCCAGGAGAUGGAGGGAACAAAGACCACUGGAAGGAGUCAGAUAGGAAAGAUGGCAAAAAGGAUCAAGACUCCAGAUCUGCACCUGAGCCAAAGAAAGCUGAAGAAAAUCCAGCCUCUAAGUUCAGCUCUGCAAGCAAGUAUGCUGCUCUUGCCGUUGAUGGUGAAGAUGAAAAUGAGGGAGAAGAUUACACCGAAUAGACCUGCAUUCUGUGCUUUCUCCUAGUCUCUCACCACCCUGGAACAUUCGAGAGCAAAUCAAACCUCUAUCCAGACAAGACAAAAUAAAACUCACCAUCUCCUGGAUACCUUUCUUAACUUUUUUUUUUUUUUUUAAAGAAACAAAAUGAAAUUCUUUUGCAUGCUGCUGCAGCCUUUAAAAUAUUGAACUAACUGGAGAAUCACCAAUGUAGCCAGAGAGAGACGUACAGCUUUUAAUGCUGUAAGUUUAAAGUUGUGGUGCAUUUGUAUGACGCGUGCAGUUGCCUGUGUGAUUAGUGCCUAGGGGCCUCCGUUUAGCAAGGUGGCAGUGACAGUGAUGCAGUGUCUGGAACCUGGUUGGGCAGCAGGCAGGUAUGAGGAAGAGUGUGAGGUUUCUGCCUUUAACUCUUACCCUGUUGGGGCAUACAUGAAUUAGCAAACAGUAUCUGAAUAAAUUCUCCGUUCUUGGCAAGGUAGGUUUAGUCUCUGAUGUUGUUUUAGUCUCCAGGAGGCUGCCAGCCCCACCUCUUACUUAACUCUGAGUUACUGGGGCCAGCCUAAGGGGGAGUUCCUUCAUUUGUGCCCCCCAGGGGGGUAGGUGGAAGUGAGUCUACAGGCCACUGAAGAAUAGGACUGUUUGGUGGCCAAAGUAAAUGGGGAAAUCGUGAUUUGAAAAGAAGCUUGGGGAUUUGAUGAAUUAUUUUGCACCAGUAACAGGGAAAAUGGUAUGACCUCCAGUAAACACAUAAUCAUUUACCUCCUGGAGCAGGAAGCACUUAGGGGUUGUGGGAAUUCCCAGGUCUUUUAUGUGUCCUGGUUUCACCCUUUCUUAAACACUAUCCCUUCUGAAAGUUCAAAUAUAUCCACAUUCUGUUGAAAUCUUGAAGCUUUAAAAAUUUAGACUCUUGCAUUGUCUUACGUUCAUGCUACUCUUUCCUGUUACCUUCCCACAGGCAGCUUCUGCUUAAGUCACAUACUUGACCUCCUAAGCAUUCUCUAGAGCCCCUGGGAGCUGUCCGGUGAGGAAGCAUCACUGCUUUUUCUCAAGCAGAUCUUGGCUCCUUCGUGUUUUGAUGCUCCUUCCCUCCAGCCAUUCGUGCUCCUGCUGCUUUGACCCCUUCUACACCUCAGAAAACUUUAGAAUUACCAGUCUUAGGUGGUGAGCGAGGGUGGUAAAAUUGGGAGCCUUUCUUACAACCUUGAUUGGGGUUUGAGGGGCUUUUUAAAAAACAAGUUUCCUUCUCUCCAAGUGAAAUCCCACACCAAUGUUUGGAUUUAUAAUGUGGCUUAGACCAAUGUGUGGUUUUUUUGGUUCUGUUUUUUUAGCAUCCCCUUGAGAGAAUAAAUGAUAAUGGAGAAGAACAUUUCACAAGGUCCUGGCUUCUCUUGCAACACAGUAGCUUUACUUGCCUGCUUUUAUGUGCACCUUGGUACUGUCAGCUCAACAGAUGGUGUCCUUACAGGCAAUAUUGGUACCUGCAGAGAAAAGACAUCUUGGUCUCCUCUCGCAUCAGUCCUAGGUUAGACCCUUUACAGCCAUGCAGGGGUGUUGGUUUAUGAGUGCUGCAGCAGUGAGCAUAAUGAAUCAUUUACCCAGUGGACAUAAAAGACAUACCAAGUGAAGUAACUUUAAAUAAUUGGCUUGGAGUGGGUAGUAGCUAGGAAGUGGCUUUUAGAGAUACCCAAGGUUGAGAGGGUAUUUUUUUUUAACCAUUUGCUAUAGAUGAUGAAAAAGUAGGGUUUGCCCUCUUCAUGUCUGCUUCCAAAUAGAUGUGUCCAAAAAAGCUGUUUUUUUCCCCCAUUCCUCUACCCUGCCACCCUGUUAAAACAAACAGGGAUUUAUGACCCGCUCCUCAAUACGUGUAAAAUUUGUACAAAAAUAUCUUCUAUGAAAAUGAUUUGUAAUCUGUAGACUUAAUACCUGGGAGAUGUCUUGAGAUGUAAAAUCCCAUCCUUUAGGUUGUGGGGUUUUUUGUUUUCUCCAAAUAAAUCUGAUCUUUAA